UUUGGGUCACUUUUGCCGGUCCCAAGCCCGGAUAAAGGAGGAGGGUUGGAAUUGUGACAUUAAAUAAAACAAGAAUCGACAGAAGAAAGUUCAUUUGUAGUUCUAAACAUAUUUAGGGUGUUUUUUACUCACUUUUUGUCUCGCCCACCAAGUUAUACAGUGUCCAUCACAAUUACAUGCACAUGGCCAAUUAUGCAAAUUAGGCGAUGGCGUCAUUUAGCAACUUCUAGUGACUUUUAGGACAGCCAAUAGCUACUUUCCUUACUGAGGAGUUGACAACACUGGAGGGGGGUUGAUUCCUGUGCUACCGAAAUGAAGCCUUGGCCUCAAACGAUAGCAGUGAACAUUUUGCAGAAACACCUCGAACGAUAGCAGGCUUGCAGAAACAAAAAGCUAUGUUGCAUGUUCCUGCGCUACUGAAAUGAAGCCUUGGCCUUAAACAUUUUGCGGGGGUUGAUUCCUGCACUACCGAAAUUUUGCAGAAACAUAACGUUUCUUCAUGGAAAAUCACGAUAUAGUUUGUUGCAUAGCACUUGUAAUAUUGACAGCCUAAUCCAUUGGUUAACUGACCACAAUCCAUUUAAUCAAUAUGAAGAAGUGUUGAUUAUUUGACUUCAGGAGAGCAUAGCACAUGAAAGAAAGCGGUGAGAUAUGCAGCACAGCGUUGUUUCCCCAAAGUGUUCACUGCUGGCGUGUGAGGCCAAACGUGCGGGGCGCUUCAUUUCGGUCGCGCUGGGAUCAAAACGUCAACAGUUCUGCGCUGCUAUCACCAUAAGUGCUGCAGGGCCAAUGCAGAUUGACCAUGUAGUUCCUUUUAGCCUGCCUGAUCUCUAGCCAUCGUGCACUGGCCAACAUAACAUGUGGGCUAGUCCCUCCCAUGUAACAAAACACCAUUCAGCAGUAUGUCAACAUCAAACUCCUUGCUCCGGCAAAACGAUACGCCACGCCCAUGGACCUUAGUUUUUCUCCGAAGUAUGUAGCGAACAUAGAGCAGCGGAAUAAUUCAGUUUGAGUCGUCAGGCAAUGUGAACACGCUCAUGCUGAGAAGAAGAACCGGUUAAAGACAUCGGACGAUCUUUUUUCUGGAUUUAAGUUAGCCGCUCUCUGAAGUGAACCACUUAUCCAAAAUGUUGUUUUUAUCAUAACCAAAUAUUAAAAUGGGAAGAAUUAAUAUCUGGGUAAAACGGGCGUUCAUUUUCGUAUGUGUCUUGACAGGGAUCAUCAGCACCCUCUUGCUGGCCAUCACAUUAUUUGGACAUGGGUACUUCCACCAAUCAAAAGAAAUAGACAAGAUGCUGCCAGGUAUAACAGUUAUGUAUGUCCUAGCAGCAGCAACCCUGGCCCUUUCAAUCUCUGGGGUCUAUGGAGCUUGUAAGGAGAAGAAGUGGGCUGUGAUUCUGUUUUCAGUAGGUAUGUCACUGGCCAGCCUUUACCUGUUUGGGGCUUGUGUGAAAGUAUAUCAAGCCAAACACGAGAUGGAGGAGUUAAGCAGAAAGGAAGACCUAGCCAUGGUGCCUCUCAGUGGAGCGAAACAAAACGAAAUAGAAAAGAUGUACUACUUUCAAGCUAACUUCAGAUGCUGUGGGCUCGUACAAGGCUACCAAGACUGGGGCACAGACAUCCCCCUCUCCUGUCUCUGUUCUGAUGAGGACUCAACAAACUUUAAAUGUGUUGCUCCUGGUAACAAUACAAGAUUUGUUAUUCACUAUCCCAACAGUGAUAUGUCUGAGGAUGAUGACCACAAGGGACUAAUGGAUGAACACAUGCUGGUAUAUAAAGAGCCAUGUCUUCCCAUCCUGAUCUCUUUGGUGGGCUAUGGAAUCAGCCUGAUGAUAGGACCAUUAGUAGCACUUCAAGCAUUAUGGGAUAUUGGAGUUGCUCUGGCCAUCACAAUACUCUGCCAGAUGAGAAGAACGGUUAAUGUGCCACCUGUGAUCUUCACCUCUCAACCACCUCAGUACAGAGAGCUGUGUGACACAGCAGAGAGUGUCUGAAAUGAAAUGGUCCUCUUAUGAAGGAUACUCAAUGCACUAGUCUGAGUGCCAGUCUGUUUGUGCCAUCAUGACAACUCCUGUCACUCAUUUGUGUCAAGCCAAACACGACAAUGGGUGACAAAGAGUUGGCUUGGCAAUGACAUGGAUUUAACAUGGGCAUGACCACAAACAGAUCUGGGAUCAGGCUAGCAAUGUACUCAUAUUAUGUACAUACCCAUAACACACUUGGAAGGACAACUAAGGACAUUGUUAGACAUCUCUGCUGUGUUGUCCAAAGUAUAACUGUUUAACUCUGGGUCUUCCUUUCCUGUGGCUGUCACAUCCUGACCCUAGUAAGAUGUCAUUUUCUAAAGUAGAGUAGGUCAGGGCGUGACAGGGGGUGUUUUGUGUCUUUCUAUGUUUUCUAUUUCUGUUUAGUUCUAGUGUUUCUAUUUCUAUGUUGGGGUUGUUUGGGGUUGAUCUGCAAUUGGACGCAGCUGGUCCUCGUUGCCUCUGAUUCAUUUUUAAGUAGGGGUUUUUCUUCCUGGGUUUUUGUGGGUAGUUGUUUUCCGUUUUGGCAAGUGUCCUGACAGAACUGUUGUCGGUCGUUUUGUUGAAGUAUUUUCAUUAAAAAGUAAAUAUGAGCACU